AUGAGCGUUCAGAGCUUCUGGAAAAACUACAAAGUUCUGAUUGUUAUGGUACCUUUAAUUGGAUUCAUACACUUGGGGUGGCACAAAAUCAAAAGCAGCCCUAUAUUCCAGGUACCUAACAAGGACAACCUUCCUGUGCCAGAUAGUCUGGCACUUACAAGCCCUCCGAAGGACUACAUCCAAAAGAAAUAA